AUGCCUAAGAUAGCAUCUUUUAGAAGAGCAUAUGGAGAGGGUGAGCUAGGAUCAGGAGUAGAGUGGGAGAAUGUAGCAUUGGAGGCUAUUAGAGCAUUGAAGGAGCUACCUCAAGCACACUGGUUCCUGAAGGAUCCAGAAAAAUCAUUCAGAGGAUACAAAACGAUUAUCAAAAACCCAAUUUGGUUAAAUAAAAUCGAGCAAAAGGCAGUGGGAAAAAUAUACAAAAUACCCAUGCAGUUCAAGGCAGACAUGGCACUCCUGUUCAAAAACGCCAAGAUGUUCAACAAGGUCGAUACGAUACCGUAUAAAGACGUUGUUCUACUGGAAGAACAGUUUGAUUCAAUGUGGCCAUGCAUUGUCAAGGCAUUUCAAAAAUCAGCGAAACUCAAUUCUUAA